UGCACACCUUGCCGGGAAAAUCACGAUGCCACCUUUCCUCCCCUCUCUCCUCCUACUAGAUCCUAGAGAGAGAAAGGCACCUCAGACCUCUCUCUAGAGAGCUGCCCUAUUGCAUAGUCUACUAGUGGAAGGGAACGCCUGUAGUGUGUGUGCGUGUGGCAGAUGAUCGAUCAUGUCCCUCUGUCACCCGAGCAGCUGCGGCAGCACCAGCAAGCUCACAAGAUGCCGCGGCCACCUCCGCUUCCGCGCUAUUAAGCGGCCCGAGCCAUGCGCUGCGCCCACCGCCUGAUGCUUCUGACGCCAUGCUCGAACCGCCCGAGCCUGACGACGACGCCGUCUCGCUGCCGCGCGCACCGGUGGCCGCCUCACCGAGGGUGCUCGUCCUCACGUGCGCCGACCUGCUGCAUCGAGGGGACCUCGAGGGGGCACGGCGCAUAGCGGGCGCCGUGCUCUCCAGUACCGACCCCCGGGGCGACGCGGCCGACCGCCUCGCGCACCACUUCGCCAGAGCGCUCGCUCUACGGGCCGACGAGGGACACGGCGGCGGCGCGCCAGCGGUCGUGGGCGUGGGCGGGGGGCCGGCCUCGUCCACGGCGUACCUGGCGUACAACAAGAUCGCGCCGUUCCUGCGGUUCGCGCACCUGACGGCCAACCAGGCGAUCUUGGAGGCCGCCGCCGGCGCCCGGCGCUUGCACAUCGUGGACCUCGACGCCUCGCACGGCGUGCAGUGGCCGCCGCUCCUGCAGGCCAUCUGCGACCGCGCCGAUGCUAACCUCGGCCCGCCCGAGGUCAGGAUCACCGGCGCCGGGCCCGACCGCGACGUGCUUCUUCGCACCGGCGACCGCCUCCGCGCCUUCGCCAGCUCCCUCAACCUCCCAUUCCGCUUCCACCCGCUGCUCCUGCCUUGCACGGGCCAGCUCGCAGCCGACCCGGCCACUGGCCUUGAGCUGCACCCGGACGAGACGCUGGCCGUCAACUGCGUGACGUUCCUCCACCGGCUCUCACGGGACGGCGAGCUCGCCGCGUUCUUGAGGUGGGUCCGUUCGAUGAACCCCGCCGUGGUGACCGUCGCUGAGAGGGAAGGAAGCGCAGGCGGAGGAGAUGACGACGACGACCUGCCGCGGCGAGUGGCCGCGGCAAUGGACUUCUACUCGGCGGUGUUCGACGCGCUGGAGGCCACGGUGCCGCCGGGCUGCGCGGAACGGCUGUCUGUGGAGCAGGAGAUCCUCGGCACAGAGAUCGACGCGGUGGUGGCCGGGCCCGGCGGCGGCGGCGGCCGGCCCCGCGGCUUCGAGGAGUGGGCGGCGGCCGCUCACGCCGCGGGGCUCUCGCCGCAGCCGGCGAGCACGUUUGCGGCCGCACAGGCGCGGCUGCUGCUACGGCUGCACUACCCGUCGGAGGGGUAUGCGGCGGAGGAGGCCCGCGGCGCGUGCUUUCUUGGCUGGCAGACGCGGACGCUCAUGUCCGUCUCGUCGUGGCACUAGCAAUGCAAGUGACCCAUCCGUGCUGUUCCACCAUGGGUGCUUCAUUGAUUGCUUCUUGCUCCCAAGAUAGCUACUCCAUCGCAUUGCCGCAACAACCCUGAUGAGCAAGAAGAUCGGUUUUGCUGAGGUUUCAGAGAGGGAAUGAAGAAUGGGGAUGUGCAUGCAUGCAUGGAAGAAACGACCUACUGGAGCUAUGAUGAUCGAGAGAAGUGAAGAUCGAGGAAGGCGAAGAUGAAUUGAAGAGGAGAAGGCUGUGUGUGCUCCACGGAUACGUUGCAUGACAAGGCGUCAAUCGCCAUUGGAAGAUCUUGGAGAAGAUCUUUGGCAUUCAACUUGGCAGAGGUACAAAAUCAUGUUGAGUUUCCGAGCCAUUCGUGCUGACAAGAAGCUAACCAUGCAUCACAUGAUCAGAUCAUGCAAGGCCAAUACGGGAACUCAAAAUUCAUGGAGCUCUGUGGACUGUCUAUGCAUAGGAUGGUCAAGCAGCCUAUGAUGUCGUCAAACAAACUAUGCUAAUUAAGAGGAACUGGAAUUUAAAUUGGUUCUUGUUGGUAUCAUGGGAAUGAUCUUAUCAGGUUGGAACUAAUAUCCCAAUUUGUUCGAAGGGAACAUUUAUUACUCCCCUCGUUUCCUUUUAUAAGACGUUUGAGGUCUUUUAUAGAUUCACUCACUUUAGUUUGUAUCUAGUCUACUUUUGUGUGUAGGUUCACUCAUUUUGGUUCAUAUCUUGUCAACUUUUAAACAUAUAAAAUAUCUUAUAUUAGUGAACAAAGGGUGCACAUGUUUUUCUUUAAA